AUGUAUAAAAAUGAACUAGACUAUACUGCAAACUUAAAACUAAUAGAUGAUAUUACUUCAAAAGAGUUCAAGUAAUAUGAAGUAGGUCAUCGAAAAACCUAUUCUUAGCCAGAUUAAGUUCAAUUGAAACGAUAACCUGAUAGGUUGGGUAAUUAUUUUAUAAUAAAGAUUAGAAAUUUCAAUAAAUCAAAGUAUAACCUUACAAAUGUACCCAAGCAUCUUCAAAUAUAUCAAAAUUAAAGUGAAAGAACUAACAAAACCAUUAAAUUUUGUCUAUGAAUCCAAUAAUAAUUAAUGUUUAAUCAAGAUAUUUGUAUCAUCAAUAACUGAUAGUCCAAAUAUAUUAAAUAAUAGUUUACAAGUGAUUGUAAAAAUAGUCAUCUAUAGAUUAGAAUAAAUCAAGAUUUUAAUUUACUGAACCUCCUUCUCAUUUCACGAAAUUCAAAUGUGAUUAUGUAUACUUAUCCAUUUACACUGAUAAAUAUACUGAUUUAAAGAUCAAAGCUACAGUUGGAGUACAUCAAUCAAACACAAAUAGAAGUAUAUAGAAAAGUUAAUAAACACCUAUUCUUUAAAUUCCAAGAGAAUUAUUGACUACUCGAGAACCAGGCAGUUACACUUAUAGAAGUAAUUUCUCAUGUAUAAGAUUAAUCUAAAUUUUAGUAAUGCAUAAACCAAAAACUAGUUCAUCAUUUAUUAGAUCGAACAAAGAAUCUCAAGUCAAAUUUAAAUUAAUAUUGGAUUUUAAGAUUAAAAGUACUAAACAAAAGAAUUCAUUAAUCGAAGAAAUGAUGAAGAAAAAGUCUAUGAUUUAGCAUAAUAAGAAAUUACAAAUUUUGGAAUCUUCUUAUACUCAUGAAAUUGAUAGAUUGUAAUCCAGAGUACAAAGAUUAAGAAGUGAAAUUAAAUUACAUAUCAGCAAUAUAGAUAUGUUAUGGCUUGAAAUUCUAUUUAUUACAUUGUUAGCUAAAGCAAUCAAGCAUUAAUAUUAUGUAUGUUUAAAUUUAAAUAGAAACGAGUCAUGAGAAUAGUAAUUAGUAAUAAGGUUUAAGUUUGUUGUAGAAAAUUCAUGAGAAUUAUGCUCAAUAAGAUUAGUUCCAGAUAUUAAUAUGGUAAAAAAGAGGCUGUCUAUCUUGAUACAAAUAUUCUAUUUUAUUUUGGUGCCAAACUUAUGAGAUGCAAAGCUAAAUAAAGGGCUUAUUCUAUACUCAAUCAUUUCCUCUAUAGAUAUGGCCAUCUAUCAAAUGGAAUGAAUAAAAUGCAAUAGUUUAAUUUAAAGAUUAAAUAUAUCUAACAGAAGUGGAAAACAUUUAAGAAAUCUGAAGCCAAUUACUUAAAUAGAGUUGCUGAUCAAAUUAUUGAUAAAUGGGGCAUUUUAUAUAGAGAGAUUAUUGUGGAACUAUAAAAUGCCCCUAAAUCUGCCCCUACUUAAGAUAAAAGAUUACUCUUAGAAACUAUUUCUGAAAAUCUUAAUAACUACAAAAGAGCAUUCCUUUAAUUGAAUAAUAUAUUUGAUAAAUUGGCUAGUGGUGCAACUGUUUUUAGACCAAUGAAUAAUAUUAUUAUGAAAGAUAUCAUGCAUCAAUAUGUUAUUAAAAAAGCCAAUAAACUUUAAUGA